AUGAAAAUCCCUAUAAUCCUCCUCCUUCUCCUAUUUAUCCUAACUUCAUCCCAAGUUCACUCAAAAAUCUUCUACAACUCUCCAAAAGAGGCGAAAUUAUUCGAAGUGGCUCAGAAAUUCUGGACGGACUUCGGCGAACUUCUGAAAUCGAAGAAUCGUCGGAAAUUAAUCGCCAAAAUUCAUAGUGGAAUGAGAUUUAUGGAUGAAAAUGGGCGCGUUUUUAACAAGUCUCAGUUUGUUGACAAAUUUUUGUUGGGACAGAAUUUGCAAUCGGCUAAUGUGAGUUAUGACGUGGCAUGAGGAAAUUAUUGAUUUUUUUUUUUUGAAAUUUGAUCGAUAUACUUGAAUAAUUUUAAUUUUCUGACAAAAUUUGAGAUAUUUUGAAACACUAAAUUAUAAAUUUAUUGAAAUUGAAUUAAUUUUUUCCACCGAAAAAUUCAAAAUUUUUUGAAACAGUGAAAAUUUUUUAAUUUGAAAUUCCAUAUUUUUGCUGUAAAAAAUGUUGCCACGUGGAUUUUUCAGAAUUUUCAGCGUCAAAAUUUCGAGUUAUGACGUGGCAAACACAAUUUAUUGAUUUUUCACAGUUACAAUUAUCUCAUGAAAUUAAAGUAAUUUUUUCCGAGCAAAAAUUUGAGAAUUUUUGAAACAGUGAAUUUUUUGGCUCAAAAAAAAACCCCUUCCAAAUUUACACUCAAAAUUCCCCAUUUUUCGCUUCAAAACUAAAUUCCACGUGGAUUUUCAGGUGAUCAAAGUUAGCGAAACUUGGGUUCGAAUUGGUGGUAGAAAACCGUGGAAACGUGCGUAUUUCUCAACAAUUUGGUCGAGUUAUUUUCAUUUUCGCGCGGUUUUUUCGUGUGAAACCGGGAUGAUUUAUAGGAUUUUGUUGGAUUUUUUGAAAUGA